AUGAGAUUCCUGAGCAUCUCGCUGAUAGUUGUGGCUCACAGCGUGGUGUACGGGUUCCUGCAGCCGUGCCGAGAAUGCUGCUGGGCACUUAGUGGAAGGUCGGCUUCGUGCCGGCGGCCUGCAGUACGACGAGCGCACUUCCAACCCUCCGGAGAAGGAGAACCUCAGUUGCAGGAACCAGAUGACCGCGUAGAUUCACCAUGCGAGCCUGUGGUUGCAAUCGUUGGUCGUCCGAAUGUCGGCAAAUCCUCCAUCUUCAAUCGCAUCUCCAAGCAGUUCCACCGCGGCAGCAUCGUGUCGGAAUCGCCAGGCACCACUAGGGAUCGCCAAUAUGCGCUGGCCGACUGGGAGGGGUGCACCUUCCGGCUAAUAGACACCGGCGGGCUGGAGGACGAGAGUGAAUACGCCGAGUCGAUUAAGGCCCAAGUGGGAGAUUCUCUGGACCAUGCGUCGGUGGCCAUAGUGGUGGUUGACGGCCAGGAAGGGCUCACCGAGGGUGACCUGGAGGUGCGGGACUUCGUGCUGGACGCUUUGAAAAAGAGGGGAAAUCUGCGCGUGUUGCUGUGUGUGAACAAGUGCGAGUCGUUCCACUUUGGCGACGUUUUGGCUGAGCAAUUCUGGAGGCUGGGUCUGGGCCGUCCGUACCCAGUGAGCGCGCUGCACGGCACUGGGCUCGGGGAGCUCCUCAAUGAUUGCGUUGCCGGAUUUGGGCGUUGCACUAUAGAGGAGCGGCACGACGUGGUGGUAUCGUUCGUCGGGAGGCCCAACUGCGGCAAGUCUUCGCUGGUGAAUCUGCUGGCUGGGAGCUCACGCUGCCUGGUGUCGCCGAAGGAGGGCACCACCCUGGACACGGUGGAGGUGCCCAUUGUCAGAGGGGAACAGCGUUACCUAUUGAUCGACACCGCCGGCAUGCGUCUACAGUCGAAGGACCGUCGGAGUUUCCUCCCCAAGGGUCGCAGCCUGAGGGCAAUCCGCAGGAGCGACGUGUGCGUGCUGGUGGUGGACGCGAGCUGGGGCAUCUCCCGCAACGAUGUGAAGCUGGCCGAGGAGAUACGGGCGGAGAGCCGCGCCGCGGUUAUCGUGUGCAACAAGUGGGACCUGGUGGACAAGGAUCCCACGGUGUACAAGAACGCAGUUAGCUACGUGAAGGAGAAACUGCACUGGCUGGACUACGCCGAUGUCGUCUUCACCUCCGCCAAGACCGCCCAGCGAGUCAGCAACGUCCUGGAGGCAUGCCAGAACGCGCACGAACAGUUCUCCAAGAGUUUCACCACCGCCUUGCUGAACGAGGUUCUGCGCGAGGCGACCUUCCUCCAGAAGCCGCCCGUGACGCAUGGGAAACGACUGAACAUCUACUACGUCUGCCAGGUUCACAGCCAGCCACCUGGCAUUGCGCUGUUCUGCAACGACGAGCGCCUGCUGACCGACGACUACGCCGAGUACCUGGAGGUCUUUUUCCGGCGGUCACUCAACCUGACGGGCUCACCUAUCCGCUGGUACCCCAGAGCCAAGAGAGCGAGGCACAGGGUGCCGGACCUCCGUAACCGCGCUUCCAAGGGCAGCUGCAACCCCCGGGAGCUGCUGUCCCUGUGA